AAAUAAUUUUCCCAUUUGUAUUUCUUCUCACAAUAUGUUCGGGAUUGUUGUUGUCAUGCUUGCAGAGCCGAUUUCUUUGAGAGGCAAAAGAACAAGGGGACGAGAAAUUACUUGGACAAAAAGGAGACAGUUCUACAGUAGAGAGAAUGGAUAAUCCAGAAAUUAUUGAUAAAGCUGCCUGGAAUAAAGAAAUGUUGCAUGUCUUUUGUGACCUUUGCAUCAAGGCCAUUGACAUGGGAAUGAGACCGAAUACUCAUUUCGAUAAGGCCAGUUGGAAAUAUUUGCAAACAUCUUUCAAAGAAAUAACUGAUCACGCAUUCAUAAAGGCACAACUGAAGAACAAAUGGGAUGGCUGCAAAAAGGAUUGGAGGAUAUGGACGAAGCUCAUUUCAGAAACUGGUGUGGGCUGGAGUGCAGAAUUAGAGACAAUUUCCGCAAGUGAUGAGUGGUGGAAAAUAAAAAUUCAGGAAAUAAGAGGUGCAAAAAAGUUUAGGCAAGCAGGUAUCGAACCGUCUUUACGGUUGAAGUUCGACAGAAUGUUCACCAACAUUGUUGCUACUGGAUAGUAUGCAUGGGCACCAUCAGUUGGAAUUCGUCGUGAUGAUAAUGUUGGUGUUGUUGAGGAUCCAAAUGCCAAUGACGAACAACCUGAUUUGGAAGAAGGAAGCGGUGAUUCAGAAGACGAUGGAAUUCUAAAUUUCACCGAUGAUGUGUGCAACAUGGUUAGAGGGGUUAAUAUGUCAAGCAGUAGCAACACACGCAGUAGUGGAAAGAGAAAAGAAA